AAAUGGGUGAGAAUUUGAUAAGAGGAUGAUCGAUGCAGUUAUCCGCUCCAACUCCAAAGUGAGUUUCUGAGAGCCAGAAACUACGUGGAAGCUAAACAGUAAACACUCUGGCGAUCUAAACGGCAAUAACGGUGAAGUGAAAAGGACGAUCGUGUCACUCCCGAACUUGCCGUUGGAGCUUCGAAUCUCUAUCGCUAGCUAUAUCUCGCAAGACGCAUAUUUUGCACACGGCGCCAGAAAGACAGAGAUUUCCUCCUACAAACAACACAGAGAGAGAGAGAGUUUUCUUUGCUUCAGGAAAAUACGAUUCCGGCCCAUCACGGUGACGAAAGGUUCGGGGUCUACUUUUUCCUGUACUGUUUGCAGGAUGAUAAGAGAUUCUCAAUGAAAAGAAAAAGGAUUUCUUUGGGCUGAUAGCUCGCUUUGUUUCUAACUAUGACCGUCCUGAUUUUCAGAAGUUAUGCUAAAAGAGAAGAGCUUGUUCAAGGAAUUUUUAAAGGCUUGGAUUUAAGUUUAGUUCCUUGGAAUUUUUUGAAGUUGUUUGGUGCUUGAUGAGAAUUUGAGGAUGGGAGAUCACUUUGUAUUGCUGGUGGAUCGCUUGCUCACCGAGUCCACUUUAGAGGCUACAAUUCAGAGCAGUAAACGGUCCAUGCAAGCCACAUCUUCCGCAAUUGACGACAAGAAAACCGAUGAUAACGCUGCCCAGAAGGUGGAUAAUAGAAAUAUGUCGUCUUCAAGCAAACUGGUGGAGUGCAGGAUAUGUCAGGAUGAAGAUGAAGAUUCAAAUAUGGAGACGCCCUGCUCUUGUUGUGGCAGCUUGAAGUAUGCCCACCGCCGAUGUAUACAGAGGUGGUGUAAUGAGAAGGGUGAUACCAUCUGUGAGAUAUGCCACCAGGAAUUUAGGCCUGAUUACACUGCUCCUCCCCCACUAUUUCAAUUUGGACGUGUUCCAAUGAACUUCAGGGGAAAUUGGGAGAUACCUAGAAGAGACUUGCAUAAUCCCCACAUUAUAGCAAUGGUUUCAUCAAACCGUAACUUCAUCAAUCCAGACUACGAUGAGCAUUCAUCUUCUACUACAAGAAGUUUGAUAUGUUACCGUUUUGUUGCUUUGACUUUUAUGGUUCUUCUGAUUUUACGGCAUACUCUUCCCAUCAUUAUAAGUGGAAGCAAUGAGUACUCUUUCUCACUGUCUAUGUUGUUACUUUUUCGAACUGCUGGCCUUGUUCUUCCCAUCUACGUUAUGGUGAGAGUAGUAACUACUUCUCUUCAGCGGCGCCGACUUUAUCAACCUUCCACUUCAUCGGAUGAAGUAAUCGAGCGUUCAACACUGCAGCCUCAGCCUCAUAUCAUUCGUAUUCAUGUAUAGCCCCGCAAAUUGAAGAAGAAGCUUCACAACAACCAAAAACAUGGAGUAGUAGGCUUGCGAGUAGUAGUAUCUGCCAAUCUUUUUAUUGUUCUUGUUUCAAAGUUUGAUCUCGGAAAGAAAACUGGCAAUUAGGAUGCAAUCCUUUCAUCGGAUUAAGUGAGAUGAUUGUUAAUGUAAUUCCACGCAAAAAAUGUGGAUCAAAGACACCAUUGCAAGAAAAUACGAGCCUAGAUUGGAGAUGCUGUUU